AUGGGUUCCGAUCUCAAGCCUCUCCGCAUCGUCAUGGCCGGCGACGACGCCGGCGUGGACUACAAGCUCGCACUCAAGGAAGUCCUCGAGAAGAGUCCCCUCGUCGAGUCCGUAGUUGACGUGGGUGUGACCUCGACCGGCGACAAGACGGCGUACCCUCACCCAGCCGUGGAGGCGGCGCAGUUGAUUGCGGAGGGCAAAGCGGACCGCGGGCUGUUCGUUUGCGGAACGGGGCUAGGCGUGGCCAUUUCCGCCAACAAAGUGCCCGGCAUUCGCGCCGUGACUGCCCACGACCCUUUCUCCGUCGAACGCUCCAUCCUCAGCAACGACGCCCAGGUGCUCUGCUUCGGCCAGCGCGUGAUUGGCAUUGAGCUGGCCAAGAAGCUCGCCCUCGACUGGCUCACGUACCGCUUCGAUCCACAGAGUAGCUCGGCGGCCAAGGUGCAGGCUAUCAAUGAAUAUGAGCGGAAGCUCAGCGCUUAG